AUGGCGUGUCUCACGGCAGAGAACAUCGCUCUAAGCGGCGCCCAUUGCGAGCUAUCUCGCGAUACUGCUGAAAAUCCGAACUGGAAGAUCGGUGGUAUUACUCCAGACACCAUUGUGCCACCAUUUAUGGGAGCCAGUUUGCAAGCGGCAGUAAUUUUAUUGAAUACUAUCGCUCCAGUUCUCCGCAAUAUGCGCGAGAACAUCGCUCUAAGCGGCGCCCAUUGCGAGCUAUCUCGCGAUACUGCUGAAAAUCCGAACUGGAAGCUAACGCUUGUCGUCAAUUCUACGAAAGAGGAUUCGAAGAAUGCCAUUGAAAUAUACACAUGGACGAUGCAUUAUGAUUUUGAUGGUGAACCACGAGCAGAACUGCGGCAACCCGAUGGCACUGUAACGGCAGCGCUUCCAUUCAGAGGUAUGGAGCAUUUAAAAAAACAAACAGCAGAGCUCUUGCAUUUGAUAAAGUUGUUAUGCCGAGAAAUGCUGACUCCGUUAGCACCUGGGGCGUCGGCUAUGCUUCGCAUAGCAUACACGAACAAAACUCCAACGGACUAUCAGGCACCGGGCUUUUAUCCUUCUUCCGAAGAUUCUGUCCUACUGCAAGAUGCUCAACAUGCGAAACUUGGAACACUACAAACCAUGUACCACGGGGCUUCUGUCAUAGUGCGAAGUGUGUUCAUAGAUGAUGAAUUCGCUAGGAAAAGAAGGCUCUAUGAAGUGGAGCAUUCCUCUCUAAUUCCUCCGUUUGAUGAACAAUCGGAUGAAGGUGAUGGAGCCCAUCGAUCUGUCAGUAAUGACACUAACGAAUGCACCAAUGAGACACAAUUGCAACAGGUUACUUAUAAAAUGAUUUAUGCUGGAUUUCCAGAAUUGGAAGAAUUCUGCCCGAAAACAGGCCUUGAAGGUCUCGACUUCGGUGCCAAUGUGGCCUCAUUCAAGCCUCUGAAGAAUUUCAUACUGGAAUAG